GGGGGCCCGACAUCCCGGAAGAGAUCGUUGAGCACCUGCGGGGUCUUGUUCUGGCUGCAGCUCGCCCACCACGACCACCAUCGGGUGCACAACAGUCGUCCAUGAAGAAUUUCGUAGUGGAUGAGCUACAGAGGGAGUUCGACCAGGCGGUUGCUUCCUUCUUCUUUGAGAAUGCCAUCGCCUUCAACGCCGAGCGCUCGGACUCGUAUAAGAACAUGGAAAGGAUCAUGAACAUCGUUGCGAGAUCGAGGAAGAUACUACGGAUGCCUGGAUACAAUUACCUGAGGACGAAGGCCCUGCUCGCGGAAUACAAAGACGUGGACAAGGAUCUUGACAAGAUCCGUGAGCCAUGGGAUGUCACGGGCCUCACCUUGAUGACGGACGGCACGACAAUGACCAGCAAUAGGCCGGUCAUUAACUUCAUUGCAGCCGGUGAUUCGAGGGCUGUUAUGGUGCGUAGUGUGGACAUGGAGGGGACGGAUAAGUCGGCUCUGGCUUUGGCAAGGAUGUGGGUGGAGGUGAUACGAGAGUUGGGGGUGCACAGGGUGAACGCGAUCUGCACGGACUCGGCACUGGUCAACAUUUCCGCAAAGAAGAUAUUGGAAAAGCAUGACGACCCUGCAAUUAGGAGCAUUCCAUGGGUGUCGUGCGCAUGCCACGUGUGCAACCUUCUCAUGUGUGACAUUGUUUUGGUGCCAUGGAUCGGAGAGGUGAUUCUGCAAGGCAGGGAGAUCACAACCUUCAUCAAGAGACAUCAGCGGGCGUUGGCCAUGUUCUGUAAGAUCGGGAGAGAGUACAGGACACAGUUGGACAUCAAAGAUGGGAGACCGUUGGAGUUGAUUCAGCCAGGAGAGACUAGAUUCGGCACAAACUUCAUCAUGCUGCAACGACUUCGAGAGUGUGAGCCGGUGUUUCUAUCGACUGUUUCAAACCCGUGGUGGGAUGACUCUCCAUGGGACAGGGCAGCAGCGACAAGGGCGCGGACGUGCAAGGAGCUCAUAAGAGACCCGGCUUGAGAUGGGAAGAUGGGUAUGCAGGUGUGGUCUUUGGGGAUCACGUUGGAGAAGAGAAUGGCCGCGAUACCGAUGGACAGCGAGACAAGGGGCGUCGUGAUGACGAAGGUCAAAGACCGUGUGCGAAUGAUGGCCCUGCCUGUGCAUGCGGCGGCGUGGAUGUUGCACCCGCUACACAGAUCGCCUCGACUCUUCGACGACUUGGCGUCCGAAGAGAUUGCGAACACUCUGACUCACUUCGCUUCGGUUCAUGCGAAAACCUCGAAGGAGUACAAAGAGUGCAGGAACUCCCUGAAGAGUUUUCAUCACAUGGAUCCAGAGUGGAUUGGCCCGAACUCCGAGGAGGCUUUGACGGGCGGUCACGUGUCCAUGACGCAAUGGUGGUUGACGUACGGGAAAAGGCACCCAACCCUGACGAAGAUCGCCGUCAAAGUGUUGAGCAUGUGGACCACUGCCUCUCCAUGUGAGAGGAAUUGGUCCACGUUCGAUCUCGUCCACACCAAGAGGAGGAAUCUCUUGAGCCCGGAGAACUUGGAGAUGCUCGUCUUCAUCCACUGGAACAAGAAGCUAUUGCGCAUGUCGAAGGCAAAGAUGGGAUUCGUGAACACCGCGCGUUUGGAGUGGGAGACACCUGAGGACGAGGCACCAUUCAAUGGCUUCAUGCGAGAAGGGGAGUACGACCCCGCGGAGGUGCGUAGGAGGGCGGCCAACUGGUCGAAAUCUCAAGGGCGCAGGUCGAGAACCACACGAUUCGACGUGCGGAAGAUUCAGGAGGAGAGGGAGGAUGACGGGGCAUGGCUACUUGAUGUUUCGUAUUGCCCUCGCAGAAUCGCGGACGAUGAGCGUGGGAAGACUGUCGUCAUUGAUCACGACGAGGAGGACGACAGUCGCGACAACGACGGUGACGCGGAGUUGCUCGACGUGCCUCUAACGGACAAGCGGUUCACUCGGCGGUCGGGCGGUGGGUCAUGCUCCGCGACGGAUGUCGCUAUCACACCACAGGUCGGCCCUGUGUCCGGUGGGGCUUCAGGGGCCUCUUCUGUGUCGUUGGCCGACAGCACUGGUCGUUGUGAACGGCUACGCACCUCCGCGUCCGGUGGUGUAUCUUCGGUUCAUGGCACCAGCACACCCUCCGACGUGCAGCACACCCCUCUUCCACGAGCCGCGGUGGAGGAGACGGCCGCAUGCCGGGGGAUGACAGACAGGGGAUCGGGGGAUGCUCACGUUGAUAGUGCUGCGGCGAGGGUCGUUCGAGACUUUGGUGUGUCUAUGGACGCUCCCGUUCCCGGUCAUGCGGAACACGAGGACGGACACAUCGAUGCCGGCAAGGAUGAUGAUCAAAUGCAUUCUCCACUUCGGACCCUGGGUUGCCGUUGGGGGAGGGAUUCGCCUCGCUGUUGCACCACGUUGCACCAAUUGCUGCAAGAGGCUCGAAGACGGACUUCGAGAAACAUCUGGCUGCUAUGUCCCCCAUGAGGAGCGAUUCCGGGGGGCAGACUCCUGAUUGGGCCAGAUUCACAGGACCGACUCCUCCGGCCUUGCUGUUGAGUGAG